UCUCUCUCUCUCGCCAAACAGUGAGUUGUCAGUGUUUGCCGACAGUUUGAUUUGUAAUUUUUUAUAGGUUAUACUGGACGAUAACGACUUUUACUCUAAACAAUAAAAAAAAUGUAUGUUGUCUACCGUAUUCCAGCAGAGGCAAAUUAUUUCCCAAUGUCAAACAAAUGUACAUAAUUAUUUUUCUAUGGAUAAAGAAAAGCCUUUUUUUUAUCAAAAAUAUUUACAAUUUGAAACAGACUCUUUUUGUUUGGGUUAGUGGGAUAGCAAUAACAAAGCAAUAAUAAUCCCGACGACGCUUUGCAUAAGAAUGAAACUUGUUACUUGUGAUAAUCUUCAAGGUCGAAAUUCAACAUUGUUAACAUCCUUGCCUUACUAUUAUUUCUGUGGUGUGUUUCACGGUUAUUGUUUUCAAAUGGGAAUCGAAAAAUUAGCAUUUGUUACAGGUGCUGGGUCCGGACUAGGUAGGGCUACAUGUUUGGCGUUAGCUCGCGAAAAGGCUGUAAUUGUUGCAGCAGAUGCAAAUAUUAAAACAGCUAAAGAGACUGUAAAUUUAAUCACAAAAGAGUCAAAACAAAAUCAUUUGGCAGUCGAGGUACAAGUUGAAAGCUCUAAGAGUGUGAGGGAGGCACUUGCACAAGUGCUUCAGAAUUAUAUAACACCACCAUCAGUAAUAGUAAACUCGGCGGGAAUUUUAAGGGAUAAUUUCCUGACAAAGCUCUCUGAAGAAGAUUUUGAUGAAGUUUUGGCUAUUAAUUUAAAAGGUACAUUUUUGGUCACACAAAUAUUUGCAAAUGCAAUUAUCGAGCACCAAAUUAAAAAUGGUUCAAUAAUAAAUAUUGGCAGCAUUGUGGGUAAAUAUGGUAACUUAGGCCAGGCAAAUUAUACUGCAAGCAAAGCAGGUGUAGAGCUAUUAAGCAAAACAGCUUCCCAAGAACUGGGUAAAUUUGGAAUUAGAGUAAAUACAAUAUUACCAGGAAUGAUAUGGACACCAAUGCUACAAUCGGUGCCAGAAAAAGGAGACGCGCCCAUUGCCGUCGGAGCAGCUAAUAACAAGUAUUUUACGGAUUACUGGCGAUUUUGAAAGGAGCAGACUACAACAACCUGUACAAUAUGCAAUGUUUUCCACAAAAUGAAAUAAAUUCAACUCAGUUAUGCUCUUCAAAAUUUUCAUUUCGAUCACAGACCGACACAUAUAAUGAUUUGAUAGUACAAACAAUUAAACUUGAAAUUUAAAGCAAUACUAAACAAAAACUACUCCGGCUCUAACUGGCGUGAAUAACGAAAAUGGAGGAACCGUAAGAUACAAAUUAACUGAAGCAUUAGACUAACAAUUAACUACUACAACUUAAAGCAGACGGAUAAUAAUUAUUUUUAACUAAUUACAUCGAAUUCUGUAGCUUGCGGACUAGCUACAACCUGCCGUGGGCAAUGAUUACCACGGAAUACGAAGGGAGGAUUGUGGCCAUAGUAUGUUGACUGGGACUCGACAAAAUCACCAAACAAAAAGACUCAUUGUAUUUUUUUGCGUCAAACAUAUUAUGUGUUAAUUAUUAGUAUAAAAUGGCGAGG